AUGUGUUUUUUCUUUAUCUUUUUUCUUUUGUUAUUUUUGUUAUUUUCUUUUAUCUAUGUUUUUCUUUUAUCUAUGUUUUUCUUUUAUCUAUGUUUUUCUUUUAUCUAUGUUUUUCUUUUAUCUAUGUUUUUCUUUUAUCUAUGUUUUUCUUUUAUCUAUGUUUUUCUUUUAUCUAUGUUUUCUUUUUAUCUAUGUUUUUUCUUUUAUCUAUGUUUUUUCUUUUAUCUAUAUUUUCUUUUAUCUUUUAUCUUUUUUUUUUUUAUCUUUUUUUUUUUUAUCUAUGUUUUUUCUUUAUCUAUGUUUUUCUUUUAUCUAUCUAUGUUUUUUCUUUUUAUCUAUGUUUUUCUUUUUAUCUAUGUUUUUUCUUUUAUCUAUUUUUUUUUUCUAUGUUUUUCUUUUAUCUAUGUUUUUCUUUUAUCUAUGUUUUUCUUUUAUCUAUGUUUUUCUUUUAUCUAUGUUUUUAACUAUGGAAAUGCUGCUAUAGAAUUUAAUAAAUGUCAAAUUAAUUUCUAUAAUAUCUAUAGUGUAUUUGGAGCCUUAUUUAUUGCUUUGUCUUCAUGGCUACUCAUCGAGAAAAACAAGGUGGUCAAGAAUUGGAUGGAGUUCUUUUUGGAUCCUGUUUCACUCAUCUGUUUAGCUGGAGCCAUUGUUGUCUUUGUAGCCUUUUUUGGUUGCAUGGGUUCCCUCAGGGAGAACACUUGUUUUAUACAAACAUACAAGAUCAGUUUGAUGCUGGUCCUAAUUGGUGAAGUGGCCCUUUCAGUUCUCUUCUUUGUGUCUUAUUCCAAACCUGAACUGCUCACAGAACUGAAUAUGUCAGAAGCCUUUUUUAAAAAAGCAAUCAUGUCUUACAGAGAAGAUCUUGACCAACAGAAUUUUAUCGACAGCAUCCAACAGAAGUUGGAAUGCUGCGGGAUGAAAGAUGAUGCUUCCAAUGGCUUUAAAGAUUGGAAUUCCAAUGCUCACUUCAAUUGUGCUAUAAACAAUACUAGUCCUGAGCGAUGCUCUGUGCCAUUCUCUUGUUGCAAACGCAAGAAGGACGAACUUCUCAACUUGGUUUGUGGCAGAAAUAUGUUGGAUGACAAAAUAUUUCCUGAUCCAAGUAAAGCAAUCCACACCAGAGGAUGUCAAAAUGCUGUAAGAGAAUGGAUUACCCAAAAUGUUUUGAUGAUUGGUGGAAUUCUUUUAGGAAUUCUUAUUCCACAACUGUUUCUUAUUCAUCUUGCUAGUGCUCUCGGCUCACAGAUCAAAAUUCAACGUGCUAAAUUACGAAGAAAUGAGAAUAUGCUCCUUGCAUCUUAUGAAGGUUCCAGUGGCAGCAUUUCCUAUGUGUCAUGA